UCCGGGGCUUCACAGAGCAGCCCUGACUCGCUCACCGCACGGACAGACCGACGGGCGGACGCAACCCAGUGGAAGUUGACGAAGCUUGAUUGGCAUUUGGCGUUCCUCAAUCUUUCUCUCGUUUAGUGUUUACUGUCUCCCUCGCUAUUUGUGACAAGCGGGGCGCAGUAUGUCGCUGUCCGUUAUGGUGAGCAACUGGCCGUGGAUCCUGACGGGGGCGCUGACGGGGUUUGUGGCCUACUGUAACAGGCCCCUUGACUGGCUCUCCCCGCCCCCGAAAGCCUCGACUGAAUGGCUGAGUGGCGCGCCCUUGAAGCGACUUGAUGAUGUGAAGGAGGUCCUGGGUGGAGAGCUGUGGAGGGAGCAAGGGGCGUUGGUGAUGGCUGUGAGGAGGCCCGGAUGAAAUUUGUGUAGGGAGGAGGCGCAAGCCCUCUCCAGCCUCAAGGAGCACUUCGAGGCUAAGAGAGUGCCUAUGUAUGCCCUCCUCCAUGAAGAGCUUGGUGCUGCCGAGUUCGCUCCCUAUUUCAAGGGCGAUCUUCUCUUGGAUAAGGAAAAGAGGUUCUAUGGCCCUGUCCUCCCAGUAGUGACGGGGAUGUUGAGGUGGAGUGUGUGGCAGAACAUCAGGCGUGCCACCAGCAAGGGUGUCGAGGGAAACCUGAAGGGAGACGGAACGUUGCUGGGCAGUGUGUUCUUGUUGGGUCCAGGCAGCCAAGGGAUCCUGUACGAACACCGAGAGAGGGAGUUUGGCGACCACCACAACUCCACUGAGCUUCUGGAGGCAUUGUCCAAGUUACAAACACCAAGUGAUGAUUAGAAAAUGCAAUCAGUAUGUGUUACAUGGAAAUGGUAUCUGUUUGUCAUUGGUUUUCAUCUUACCAUGUGUUUUGUUGCAAAGAAAUUAUAUAUUGUUUUGUUAUUUUUUCUUAUUGUUGUGUGUACAUAGACUUGUUUCCAUAUUCUAUUAUAUAGUUUUCCAUUUCAGUAUUUGAGUGUAAACAGUUAGCCAGUACAUGUUCAGUUUAUUACACUUCUCUAAGUAUUAAUAAUAAGUAGCUAGUCAACUGCAUUAUCUGAUAUGGAAAAAGUGAAAGUGCCCUGAAGCCAGUCAUUCAGGCUGUCACCAGAGAGCAAUACACAGGCUAUAAUUAUGGCAACAGUGGUAGCUAUUGUGUCCCUAUACCUCGUCCAUGAUUGGUGUGCAUGUGUGUGUGUCUAUUUAUUGUAUAAGUAUGCAAGUGUAUGUUAAUAGUAUUUUUGUAAACUGAAGAAGAAUUGUGAAACUUGGUGAGGGUGGCUGUGUGUGUGUGUGCAAGUGUUGAGAAUGGUCUUGCAGCUCCAGGCCUCAAGUAAAGUGAAGGUUGUAACAUAAACUCAGUAGAGGUGCUGCGGCUGGAAGAAACCCAAGAUCUAGAGCUGCAAGUUGCCACACCCUUCACUGCCCCCCCACACAAACAACCACCACCACCAAUAGAAACAAUAUCCUCCUUCAUCCUUUAUACAAGAUACCAGUAAAACCUGUUUGUAAUAAAGUAUGUUAUGUUUUCAGUAA